AGUUUAACCGUAUUAAGGUUAAACUCUUUACUCGGCAAAAAUGACUCUCCUUAUACACCAUACCGUCACGUGAUCAGGGAAUUCUGGGUCGGGUAUAUAAACGCCCGUCUCGCCAGAUUCCAGUCUUUUCGAUUCAGAGUCCACUGAACGAGGUAGAUUCAUUGAUACUUUAAACAAAAAAUUUAGUUUAAAAACAUUUAAAAACUUAUUAAGACUUAAUAUUUUCUUUCUAAACUAUGUUAAAUUAAUUUAAGAUGUUGUUUUUUAUAAAUUUAUAAAUUUGCACUGAUUUAAAAUGCUUUUAAAGCAGGUUUUCAAGACGACCACGUGGCAGCACAUGGUGAGCACAUGCGAUUAUAUUGGAGAUCAAUAACUUGUAAAUUAAUGUUGCAUAUCAUAAUCGAUGAAUCUUUAAAAAUCAAAUUAUUUAUAAAUAUUUUAUUGUUAUAAUAAAUUAUAUUCAGAUCUUGAUCUAUAAAUAGAUAAAUUAUAGAAUUUAUGUCGCUGACGUCAUGACCGCAUGCAGUUGCGAAGCGCGUGCACAUAUAGAUAUGUAAACAAUUGAUGGGUCCUGAAAAUUUCUGAGCUACCGGGUUUCGAACUCUGCCUUUGUGGAUGUUUUCAAACAUAUAUAAAUUCUGAUCAUUUUAAAUCAUUUUGUGGCCAUCUUAUCUCACAGUUUUCACUAUUUUAUCUUUGAGAUAAAAUCCGAAGAUGCCGAAACGCAAGCAGCAGGAAGAACUAUGCCAACAGGUUCAGAGGAAGCGGACGUCUGGCCAAGGCGGAGGUGACAGUGUCCAGGAGCAAGCUGGGGUGCCAUCUGAUUUAACAGUUGGAGCUCCAUUGAAUUUGUCUUCACCAGUGAAAGUAAAGACACACAAUGUAUGGAUAAUUGGUGACUCACUCAUCAGAGGAGCACAACAGGCAGCUUAUUUACGUCCCGAUGAAGAUUUGGGCCUAGGUAAUUUCGUUAAUGUUUUAUGGGAAAGCGUCAGCGGGAUGAAAAUUUGUGACUUAUAUGAUACUGUGCAAUACCUAUUGACUUUCAAUCCGCCGCCAGAAGUUUUGAUCAUACAUUGUGGGGGAAAUGACCUUGGAUCAUCCGGUAUGACAACGCUAAAAUUAACAUGGAUGGUUAAAAACAUGCUAUCUGAGUGGUUAGGGAUGAUGCCAAACACAAAGUUUGUUUGGUGUCAGAUUCUACCGAGGAGAUCCUGGCGUUAUAUUCCGGACUAUGUUAUAGCAAACAAAAUGCGAGCACGAGUUAAUAGUUGUCUCGGAACUUAUUUCAUAAAACACGGGGGUGCUUAUAUAAAAUUCCCCGAGAUUAAUCAAGAUCCCAUUUACUUUUCAUCAGACGAUUGCCAUCUUUCUUCUUUUGGUUAUGACAUUAUGGUUAACAUUUUUUCGGGUGCUGUUUAUACGUUCCUAUUUACUAGUGAACAAGUUUUCCCCAAAACAGACAUGAUACAGCUUCACCCUGUUCACUGAAUUUAUCAUUUUAUACAGUAAUACUGAUUAAAAAUAGUUUACAUUGUCUUGUACGUAUAUACUACAACGUUAAAUAACCGAAAGCUAGAAAUAUCUCGUCUGCUAAUAAGUAAUUUUGAUUUAUAAUUUACAAUCAUUAGUAUACAUGUGUUACAUAAAAUUGUCAUGGCGUUUUAUGAUAUUCCGCUUUGGCGGAAGGUUCGUUCGUUUCACUCUCUCACCUUUUUGGCGUUUUUUAAUAUCAUAAAACUCUUGCGUUCGUUGACGGGGCAAGAAACUACGUCGAUUCAUAUUGACACUAGUAAUCUUAAUCCAGCCAUGACAAUUUUGUGCCAAUCCUUAAUAAAAUAAAAAUAUAUAAAACAUUUGUACUUAGUCAUUUUUUGCUGGGUAAUAUUCAGUUUAACCGUAUUAAGGUUAAACUCUUUACUCGGCAAAAAUGACUCUCCUUAUACACCAUACCGUCACGUGAUCAGGGAAUUCUGGGUCGGGUAUAUAAACGCCCGUCUCGCCAGAUUCCAGUCUUUUCGAUUCAGAGUCCACUGAAGAGGUAGAUUCAUUGAUACUUUAAACAAAAAAUUUAGUUUAAAAACAUUUAAAAACUUCCCACCCUACCCUGCCCGUUUUUCUCGUGUUUGUUUUAUAUUUGCAGGAUAUCACCCAUCGUCGUGGCUGGAGAUAGCUGAAACAUUUGAGUUUGCAACCAGAUGCCUUGAAUCCCAAUGACGAGCAAAGCACAAAUACAAAUAGACUUUUUAAACAUUUGUCGCCGUUGUCGGGACAAAAAAAUUGUGAUUCAGCGUUUUUUAAUAUCAUAAAACUCUUGCGUUCGUUGACGGGGCAAGAAACUACGUCGAUUCAUAUUGACACUAGUAAUCUUAAUCCAGCCAUGACAAUUUUGUGCCAAUCCUUAAUAAAAUAAAAAUAUAUAAAACAUU